UUGAGCAGGAAAAGAGUCAGUAUCUGAGGUGUUCGUUGUUGGUAUUCGGUGGAAAAGCUACUGGCCCGGAGCUCCUUGUAUCGCAGAUGAAGCGACCUUGUUUUGAAAGCUAAUUGAAUGAAGAAGAUGGCAGGAAUUCGUCAACUUUUAGAGACCGUGAGUGGGUCAACUAUAAUUCUACUGCUGGUUCUCAUGGCCACUGGAUCAAUCAAAGUUAAAGCACAAGCAGGGCAUCUUCCUCCCGAGGAGGUGGAAGCUCUACGAGAAGUAGCAACUCAAUUGGGCAAAAAGGAUUGGAACUUUAAAGUAGAUCCUUGUAGUAAUGACACAAAUUGGGUGACACCACAAUCGAACGAUAUGCCUUAUUACAGCAAUAGUGUAAUUUGCAAUUGUUCCUAUAUAGGAGGUGAAUGCCAUGUUGAAAGCAUACUUCUCAAAGCGCAAGAUCUUGCUGGUGUGCUGCCUCGUGCCAUUGUAAAAUUACCUUACCUCAAGAAACUUGAUCUCACUCGUAACUACCUUAGUGGUAAUAUACCAAGUGAAUGGGCUUCUACAAAGUUGGAAUUUCUGUCCCUUUCUGUUAACCGCUUGACAGGACAAAUCCCAAGCUAUCUAGGAAACAUUAUUACACUUAAAGCCUUGAGCAUUGAGAACAAUAUGUUUUCAGGAACUGUUACCCCUCAGCUUGGAAACUUGGUUAACUUGGAGAUUCUUUAUCUAAGUGCAAACAAUCUGACUGGAAAUUUACCUAUGUCUCUCGCUAAUUUGACCAAACUAACAGAGCUUAGGAUUAGCAGCAACAACUUCAGCGGAAAAAUACCAAGUUUUAUUCAAAGCUGGAAAAAUCUUCAAAAAUUAGAGAUCCAAGCUAGUGGUUUUGAAGGCCCUAUUCCUUCUAGCAUUUCUGCUUUGAACAAUUUAACCGAACUAAGAAUUAGUGACUUACAUGGAGAAGGUUCAGAGUUUCCACAUUUAGAGAACAUGACAGAGAUUAUGUUGCUUUGCAGGAUGUUGAGGAAUUGUAGUAUAUAUGGAUCUAUCCCACUGUAUAUUGGAGCAAGGCCAAACCUGAAAAUUUUAGAUCUCAGCUUCAACAAAUUGGAAGGAAAUCUUUCAAGAGAUCUUGAAGGUCUAACAGAAUUGGAGAAUGUGUAUCUGACAAGCAACUUGCUUUCUGGACCCAUCCCAGACUGGCUCAAGAAUGGAGAUACUCAUGCUGAAAUAGACCUUUCUUGCAAUAAUUUUUCAGAAAGCUCAUUGCCAACUACUUGUCGAGAUACACUAAAUUUGUUUAAAAGCACUUCAGGAGGGAACAACUCAAAAGCUGUCGAGUGCCUGGAAAACUUUGCUUGUUCAGAAGACAGAUAUUCAUUACAUAUAAAUUGUGGUGGAGGUGCAACCACUGUUGGAGGCAUCAGCUAUGAAGCAGAUGAAGAGUCAGGAGCCGCAGCAAAAUAUGUUCCCACUAGGGAGAGUUGGGAAAUUAGUAAUACAGGACAUUUCUGGGAUAAAAAUAGAUCUGCAAGUGACUAUAUGGCACAAAAUUUUUCCAUCCUCAGUAUGAAGAAUUCUGAAUUGUACAAAAGAGCACGUCUCUCUCCUCUCUCCCUUAGAUACUAUGUGCGUUGUUUAGUGAAUGGGAAUUACAAUGUGAAGCUUCACUUUGCAGAGAUAGUACUCAGGGAUAAUAGCUCCUAUUACAGUCUAGGGAGACGGAUAUUUGAUGUUUAUAUCCAGGAAAAUCUUGUGUUGAAGGAUUUUGAUAUUGUAAAGGAAGCAGGAGGGGUAGAUAAGGUGAUCAUUCCAAAUUUUAAAGCAGUUGUUAAGGAUGGAACCAUAGAGAUCCACUUUCAUUGGGCUGGGAAGGGGACAACAGCUGUCCCAAGAAGAGGAACAUAUGGUCCUCUAAUAUCUGCAAUCAGUGUGGAAUCAGAAUUCAAGCCUCCCAUUCCUGGUGGAGGCAAAAGGAAGAAAUUCAUUGUGGCUGGAGCUGUAGUUUUGCCUUUGUUCCUCAUUCUCAUUGUUGUAGGCAUUCUUUGGUGGAAAGGUUUUUUGGGAGGCAAGGCAGUGAAAGAACAAGAACUUUUAGGUUUAGAUCUGCAAACUGGUAUCUUCACCUUCAGACAAAUUAAAGCUGCUACUAACAACUUUGAUCCUGCUAACAAGAUUGGACAAGGUGGCUUUGGAUGUGUCUACAAAGGAACACUAUCAGAUGGUACUAUAGUUGCUGUUAAGCAGCUUUCUUCCAAAUCAAAGCAGGGACAUCGAGAAUUUUUGAAUGAAAUAGGCAUGAUUUCUGCUUUGCAACACCCAAAUCUUGUUAGAUUGUAUGGAUCUUGUGUUGAAGGGAAUCAGUUAUUGUUGGUAUAUGAAUACAUGGAAAAUAAUAGCCUUGCACAUGCUUUGUUCGGCAAAGAGGAAAGCCAGUUGAAAUUGGACUGGCCUACAAGGCAAAGGGUUUGUGUUGGCAUAGCAAAAGGUUUGGCUUUUCUGCAUGAAGAAUCUGCUUUGAAAAUUGUUCAUAGAGACAUCAAAGCUGCUAACAUACUCCUUGAUAGGGACCUAAACCCUAAGAUUUCUGAUUUUGGUUUGGCCAAGCUUGAUGAAGAAGAGAAUACUCACAUCAGCACCAGAGUUGCAGGAACUAUAGGUUACAUGGCACCAGAAUAUGCACUAUGGGGCUACUUAACCCAUAAGGCAGAUGUAUACAGUUUUGGGAUUGUUGCAUUGGAAAUUGUUGUGGGGAAAAGCAACAUGAAAUACCGACCAGAUGAAAAUUUUGUUUGUCUCCUUGAUUGGGCUCUUGUUUUACAACAAAAGGGAGACCUAAUGGAGCUGGUUGAUCCAAGAUUGGGGUCCAAGUUCAACAAGGAAGAAGCAGUCAGAAUGAUAAAAGUGGCAUUAUCAUGCACUAUUACUUCACCUGCACUUAGGCCUACAAUGUCUGAAGUAGCAAACAUGCUUGAAGGCCGAGCUCCUGUUCCUGAAUUGGUUGUGACUCCAGGUAUGUACGGUGAACAAUUGGAAUUUGGAGGCAUAAGGAGCAAGUUUGAUCCAAAUUCGCUUCAUAGUUCAAGCAAAACUCAGUCUCUCAUUCAUUCAUCAGAUGCACCAUGGACUGCCUAAUCUUCUACAUCUGGCCAGGAUCUUAAUCCAUUUAAUCCUGAUUCGCAGUAAUUUUUAACUUCAUCCUGCUGUCAACUUUCAUGGUGCGUAAGAUUUUGGAUUUCAUAUGAAUACUAUAAUUUAUGUAAGUGGAUAAUUUACAAUCUAACACGUGCUAUCUGACGUCAAUUUGUAUAACCACCCAACAGUCAAAUGUUAGUAAUAACACUGAUGCUUGUCUUUGUAUACUCAAUAAAAAUAAAGAUUAUAAAUUUCUGAGAA